AUGGUGUUGGAUGUGAUGAAACCGCUGAAGCAUAAGCAACUAUUGGAAUAUGAGUUGGAAGGCUUUGGAAUUCGUCUAAACAAGCAACCACCGAAUAUCGGAUUCAAGAAGAAAGAAAAAGGAGGGAUCAAUCUGACACAGUUGGUUCCACAAAGUGAACUUGACUUGGAUGCGGUCAAGAGUAUUUUAUCGGAAUACAAAAUUCAUAAUGCUGAUAUAACCCUCAGGUAUGACGCAACUUCUGAAGACUUGAUCGAUGUCAUUGAAGGCAAUCGAUUUUUGAUUUGUAUUUUAUCAUUCUCGAAAAUAGAUCAGAUAUCGAUUGAAGAGCUCGACAUAAUCUACCGCAUACCGCAUUGUGUGCCGAUAUCGGCUCAUCAUAAGUGGAAUUUCGACGAUCUACUUGAAAAGAUGUGGCAAUACUUGAAUCUGAUCCGAAUUUACACUAAACCGAAGGGACAAUUACCGGACUAUUCGGCUCCAAUUGUUCUGAACGCCGAAAAGAACACGGUUGAUGAUUUGUGCUUGAAAAUUCAUAAAUCAUUACAGAAGGACUUUAAGAAUGCAUUAGUAUGGGGCGCCUCGGCAAAGCACAAUCCACAACGGGUCGGUAGGGAACAUGUGUUGGUGGAUGAAGACGUCGUUCAAAUUCUGAAAAGGUAA